GUGAAAAAGUAGAACAAACACACAGAGAAUGAAACACAAACUCAGUCACAAUUAAAAGCUAAAGAGUAAAAAUGUGUUUCAGUUUUAAAAAUGUCGAGUGUUGGAGAGAUGAUGACCAGGCUGUUCCAAGUUUGGGCGCAGCAAAGGCCCGCUCUCCUCUGCGUUUCUCCUGUGGUGCAUGCUACAACAUCCUGUGACUUUCCCAGGAAUGACCCGCGCUCGUGAUUCUCCAACAGCUUUGUCCCCGUCAGAAAUCCUACAGCAGGCAAGCGGUCCGUCUGUCUUCUCUCACUUCACAGCACCAGAGUUACUAUCAGGCUUGGUUAAAUAUUCUAGCGCUGACCGUCGCCCGACUCUGCCGUUAAAUAGCUCUGAUGAUUGCAAACAGCUGGAAACAGCUUCCGGGUCAGAUGCCCUUCAGCACCUGACUUCCAUAAACAACCCCAGAAAUGGAGAGGGAGAAAAAACAGGAAAGAAAAAACCCUCAAAACAAAACCCACAGGCAGGUCGGGGAACGUCCGAUCGUGUCACGUCUUUACUCUGGCUUUUAUUAUUUUCUGUUUCAUCCAUUUCUUCCUUCUUUCCUUCCUUCUAUCUUUCCUUUGCUCCCUCAUCCAGCUUCUGUGUGCUGUUCAGUCUUUCCUUCGAUUUCCUUCGAUGCUUUGAUCCUUUCUCACUGUGACUUUAUUUGCUCUUCUUUCCUCCUGAUUGAUCUCACAGAUUCCCGUGUUUGUGCUCGUGGAAAUGGACGCCUCUGUCGUCACGCUCAGCCGAGCCGCAGUAAUGCCCCAUCGACGCACUUCUCCUUCUUCUUCACGCUGUUUGCGUCGAACGCGCUCUGAAGUGCGGCCGUGAACAUUUCGAGUUCCGCUUCCGAACAAACUCUGAGUGAAACUGACGAUCAUCAUCAGCUGUGUCAUUAAAGCAGCACUUCAGCGUUAGGAAGGAAGUCUGGAGUAUCCGAGGAAUUUCAUCCCUGAGCAAGGCCACAGCAGCGAUUGUUGAUUGUUCAGCUGCGCAUCCUCUCUGCAGAGGCCCAGGAUGUGGAAUGGGCGUGUAGGCCACAGCUUUAUGUUAAACAUGCUUUCUUAUUUUCUUUCUUUAACCUAAAGCAGUGAUUACCUCGUCCUAUCAAGUCUUUCGGCUGCCUCUCCAGAGAGGCCGAGGCACUCCGCCUGCACCGCUAGUUGUCGUUCUUCUCUCAGCCUAUCAGAACCUGGACGUAUCUCCACCUGACGGAGAAACUGAGUCUGAGAUCCUCUCCGAACGACGACGAGGUAAAUGGUGACCGGUUCGGCCUGGAGGGAAGACUUGAGCUUGUUGUAUUUCAAAAUGGAAUUUCAAAAUAAGAGUGAGGAGAUCGUUUAAUUAACUCGAUCGCUGGAGGUGUGAUCUCUCUCUCUGAUGGAUUAAAACUAAAGAUAUACCCAUACCUGUGCAGCCCAGCACUACCUGUGUGUGUGAACCACUGAGUGUUGUGGCUGUGACAGGGGGAGGGGCUAAAAUAGCUCACUUCAGAGGCGGGAACUGAGGGAUAAAAAAGGUUUAACUGGAUAAGCUGAAAACCAUGUGUUUCACACAAACGCUUUUUUCUAUCUAACAUUCACACGCAGUAACGCAGACUGGGGAUCAAACCACCAACCUCACCAUCAGUAGGUGACUUGCUCCACCCCUAACUCCUCUGGUAAAGUCUCAGUAAACUCCAGCUGUAAGUCCAGCUGCCCGAGGACCCGAGGAAGAAGAGUGUUAUUCCGAGCAGACGUGAGUCCCCGACGGCCGUGACGCUGACGGAAACUGUCUCAUGUUUUUGUCCUGCAGGUUUGAGAAGGAGUCAGCACAGACACAGGACCAGUCCAGCGCCACCGCCAUGCCUUCCAACAAAUACUCUGCUGCUAUCAUGGAGGAGAGGAACAACAUGACGGCCACAGCAGCGGUGAACGGGGACACGCCUCCAGCUGAGGGCCUGUCCGAGAAUGACAGCGGAGUGGAACUGACCAAUGAGAACAGCCCCCUGACUGCGGCCGAGCCGCCUUCACCCUUCAGCCCCAAACAGAACGGAGACGCUGCCUCGCCUCAGGAUGGUAACCAGUGCUCGAGGGGAAGCAGGAAGAGGAGCAGGAAGAGACGCGAGGACGAGGAAAGCACCUGGGACUCGGACAAGUCUUCAGGAGCGUCUCAGCUGGGCUUGAGACAGACGCCUCGACCCAGAACCAUCUUCCAGGCCGGCCUGACGGCGCACACACACGGCAAGCCUCGCAGACAGAGCCGCAAACAGGAGCACGGCACGUCUCCGUGUCCCGGGAAUCCUCGGGCAGCUGCGGUCGGGUCCGGCGGGGUCCCGGAGACCCCUCGACUGGAGCUCAUGGAACAAGACUCCAAAGACUCGGCCCAGAGCACCAGCACCUCGUCCAGCUCUGAAACUAAGCAGGAGUACAGCGACAACAAGGGCUUCGGGAUUGGCGAGCUGGUCUGGGGGAAGAUCAAAGGCUUCUCGUGGUGGCCGGGGAUCGUGGUGACGUGGCAAGCCACCGGCAAGCGGCAGGCCAGCCACGGCAUGAGGUGGCUGCAGUGGUUUGGGGACGGGAAGUUCUCCGAGGUUUCUGCAGACAAGCUGGACUCCCUCACCGCCUUCCCCAAGUUCUUCAGCCAGGCUUCCUACACCAAGCUGGCCUCGUACCGCAGGGCGGUGUUCCAGGCGCUGGAGAUGGCGAGCAUCCGAGCAGAGAAAACGUUUCCUCCCUGCAAGUCGAAUAGCCCAGAGGACCAGGUCAAACCCAUGCUGGACUGGGCCAAUGGGGGCUUCCUGCCCAAAGGAGAGGAAGGACUGAAGCCCACACACAGUGCCAACAGUAACCCUCUGGAGCACCACGUCCUCGACGUGUCCCUGUCCGAGUACUUCCCCAGCGCAAAGCGGCCCAAACUCAGCCUGUGUAAGAGCAAGGCCGCCCCCGAGGAGCUGUGCAACAGAGAACAAAUGGUGAAUGAAGUUCUGAAGAAUAAAAGAAGUAUUGAAGAGUUUUGUCUCUCCUGUGGGAAGACGAGUGCAACCUUCCACCCGCUGUUUGAAGGAGGCUUGUGCCUAACAUGCAAGGACGUGUACCUGGAGAUGUCCUACAUGUACGACGACGACGGUUACCAGUCUUACUGCACCGUUUGCUGCGGCGGUCGAGAGGUUCUGCUCUGCGGCAACGUGAACUGCUGCAGGUGUUUCUGCGUGGACUGUCUGGACAUCCUGGUGGACCCGGGUGCGUCCGACCAGGCGCGCUAUCUAGACCCGUGGCGAUGCUACAUGUGCCAGCCGCUGCUGCAGUACGGCGUCCUCAAACGACGGCACGACUGGAGUCUCAAGCUGCAGGAGUUCUUCGCCAACGAUAACGGACAGGAGUUUGAGAAACCAAAGAUUUACCCAGCAGUCCCUGCAGAGCAGAGACGACCAAUCAGAGUGCUGUCCCUGUUUGACGGCAUUGCCACAGGCUACCUGGUUCUGAGAGAUCUGGGUUUUAAGGUGGGUCAGUAUGUGGCGUCGGAGGUGUGCGAGGACUCCAUCUCAGUGGGCGUCGUCAGACAUGAAGGAAAGAUCAAGUACGUCCACGAUGUGAGGAACAUCACCAAGAAAAAUAUUCAGGAGUGGGGUCCGUUUGACCUGGUGAUCGGAGGAAGUCCCUGCAACGACCUCUCCAUCGUCAAUCCUGCCAGGAAGGGCCUGUACGAAGGCACGGGCAGGUUGUUCUUCGAGUUUUAUCGACUUCUGAGCGAAGCCAAGCCCAAGGAGGGCGAGAACCGCCCAUUUUUCUGGAUGUUUGAGAACGUGGUCGCCAUGGCCGUUAACGACAAGAGGGACAUCUCGCGGUUCCUGGAGUGUAACCCUGUGAUGAUUGAUGCCAUCGAGGUCUCUGCUGCUCACCGCGCUCGAUACUUCUGGGGAAACCUGCCGGGGAUGAACAGGCCUCUGUGCGCCUCAGGGAUGGACAAGCUACAGCUGCAGGACUGUCUGGAUCACGGCCGAGUGGCAAAGUUUGGAAAGGUGCGCACCAUCACUACUCGCUCCAACUCCAUCAAACAGGGGAAAGACCAGCACUUCCCCGUGCUGAUGAACGGGAAGGAGGACAUCCUGUGGUGCACCGAGCUGGAGAGGAUUUUUGGUUUCCCCGUCCACUACACUGACGUGUCCAACAUGGGUCGCGGCGCCCGGCAGAAGCUCCUGGGCCGGUCUUGGAGCGUCCCCGUCAUCAGGCAUCUGUUCGCUCCGCUCAAAGACUACUUUGCCUGUGAAUAAGAAGAAAGCCGCCAUCACCAGCAAACACACACACACCAGCUUUUUUAUCAAGAACCGUCAGCAGCCAGCCGUUUCCUCCCCUCCGUCGAACAUUUUGGAAGGCAAAUGGCCGGUUUGACAAAACAUCAGCGCGGCGGGGAAACGGUUCGAGAUGCUGCCUGGAUUCUGCCUUAGAUCCACAUAACACACACUAACACAGAUUCACAGCUUAGGGAAAGAUGUUGGCUGCCCUGGAAACAGAGGGGGCGGAGUCUAGUCAGGUGAGCAAAGGUGAGAUGGAUAAGGAGGCCAGUAGGGCGAGUCGCCAUUCCUCGGGGAGUUAAAAGGGAACGAUGACACCCACGCCUUUGCUUUGUUAACAUUAGGACUGUAGCGUGACUUUAAUAGGAUUUUAGCUUCAUUUAAACGCCCUUGGAAGGCAUCGUUUUUAAGAUAACACCUAGAAGUUUUAGAAGAUGGAGAACGGCGUAGUAGCGAGCUUUCAAUCUCAAACAAAAACACUUUAAAAGUGACUUGAACCAAAGGCGGAGCUGACGUCCUGUUCCUGUUUCAUCCGCCAAGGUCAGCUCGCCGUAAUGAUGCUGUGGCUUCUGGUCCAAACUUUGCGAGUGCACUCGACAGUAAAACUGCUGCAGGAUGUUUUUAAAGGACCAACCUAAGA